AUGACCAGAGCCGCGGCGGUCAACGUGAAAGAACUCAUGCUCACAGUGCAGCAGCAGAAGUAUGAAGAUCGAGACAAGGCUGCCCAGCGUGAGAUUUCGAUGAAAGAGAGCGAUGAGGGCCAACAGUCGAUACGUCGAAGAGAUGAGAGGAGGUCGAGAUGGCUCCUUCGCUCUACCGUUAGGAGAGAAUUCCUUCAGAACUGGGAGAGGGAAGGCCGGGCAAAAUGGAAUUCAAAUCAAGCUUCGUUGUGUCGCUACGAGCGGCGACUGCUGAACUACGAGCUGGCAGUCAAGGCGACAACGGCAGCACGGAAACGCAUUUCUCGCAAUCGCCAUUCUAACGACGAGGCCGACGGCAUCCGAUGGUUCGAGCACAACUUAGACAGGCUAGGCUUAGACCCCGGGGGCGGUAGCGUUGACGGUGGCGGAGGAGCCGGCGCUCUCUCGCCCGACAAGGAGACGCCAGCGUCUUUCCGUUCGAGGCUCGUGCGCGCAGUACUCGACCAAAAUUUCGUUCCGAGCAGUAACGCUGAGGCCAUGGCCGAGCUCCGUUUCCGAGGCGUUACAGGACGCCGGGGUCGCAAAGAGCGCGAGGAUCGCCGGGUAAAGACGGAGGUGGACCAGCGACGCGCCACGGCAGAAACGGAUGCAAAGCGCCGCGCAGAAAAACACCUGAAAGAAAUGCUGGACAAGGGGCGCGAGCGCCAGGAAGCCGCCGCAGCUUGCUGGGGGGAGAGGCGAAACCUUGAACGGAAAGCAAUCGCCGACAAGAGGAGAUUCGCCGAAAUGGCGGCUGCGCAGGAAGACGCGUUCGAGACCGCUUUCAACGCACGAGCAGACUGCACUCGUCAGAGCUACGAGGAGAGAAGUGCCGAACGAAUGGCGAACAACGAAGCGCUCCGCAUCAGAGUACAACAAACUCGCACCGAAAAACGGCGCCGGGCAGAGACGAUGUGCGCGGAAAUCGUGCACAAGAUGUCGGAUCUCGCGGUGGUUUCGUCAGAAUUGCGUGCGAGUCGCGGCGGAGUUCCACUGCCUCCGACGGCUUGGGCUCACCUUAAACGCCGGUUCUGUUCUCCCGAGCCCUUUUUUGUAGACUCCACCCCGCCCGAGCCCACGCCAGAACCUCGUGACCCUGUUUUGGAUGCGAAGGCCUUCCUUGAGAGUCAGAACUUAGAUCGCUGUGAGGGGCUAUGGCGAUUGCGAGAGGACGUACCAGCAGAACUCUUUGGCGCCCCCUCCCCGCUAGCUAAGGCAUUGGGCGUUGCAAGGGGCCUGGUGGAAGCUUCGGGAAGCACACCGCGAGAGGCUCCCAAUUACGGUCGCAACAGUCGUUCUGGCGACGACAAGGCCACGAGGCCGGAUGUGAGGCUGGUGCUACUCAGUCGAAGGGAUGGACUGUUUGACCUGGCAGCCGAGCUUGGCCAAUGGGUAGGUGUGUACGUGUGUAGUAUGGAAACCGCCCUGGAAUGCGCCAUGGAAGUGGGCGCGGAGGCGGCCGCAUCGGACGACAAGGGUGGGAAGAGCCGGAAGGGGAGCAUUUCGGGUAGAAAAAGCAGCGUCGGGGGUGAGAACUCCGGAGAAAAUGCGCCGGGGGUAGACGCUGAGACGGCAGCAGAAGAAGCCGAAAAGGCGACCGCCCGGAGAUGCUUCCACCCGGACGCAACAGACGAAGAUACCGCCGCGUUCAAAGCGGCAGCGAUGGCGUAUCAUGCGCUGCGGACGCACCCGAAGAAGGCUUCGGCACCCGUUCCUCUAGCGACAACGACCGAUCUCCUGGUGAAGCACUUAUCGUGCCGCGCGCCGAGCGGGCGCGGAUGGAUUCUCGUCGGUUAUCCCACUACUCUCCUCGAGUCGAAGUUGCUCGAGAACGCUCUGAGCAGCUACACAGACGAUGAGGUAGCGGCAGAGCUUGGGACGGCUGGUAAGGCAUCGAAAUCCGACGCGAAGACAAAAAAAAUGAGCCUAGCGCUUCAACAACAGGAGGAACCACCACGCGCCCUUCCGCGAUCGGGGUUAGACGCAGUCUUGAGUCUGGCCGAGCCGUGCUUGUCCUCGCCACGUGUAGGGGCCCUACCACAAGAUUCUGUGGCUGGGAUCCAGGGAGAUGCAGAGGCAAAUGCACCGAACGAGGACUUGGCUGCUGCGUCAACAACGGACGAGGCCGACGGAAAUGGUGGCGGCCAGGACGAGGAAGAUGUCGAGCGCAGCAAAUGCUUGGCAGAGAGACGCGCGCAGAUCGCGUGGUUGCAAGGCUUCGAGGGCGGCCAUCUUUCGUGCGACGUGCCAAACGAGGCCAACAACGAACGACUUCUCGAGACUCUGUUUUUGCUCGUGAACAUUGCGCAAAACCGGAAGGACGAGCACGAAUUCUGGCAAAAAGAACCGGCGUUAUCUCGAAGAAACUCGGAAGUUGAGGCCACCCAGGCACUGGAAGGUGGUGGCUCCUCUGAACCCCCUAGCGACACCAAAUCGCAUUCUACCAUUGCGAUGGUCACCGACCGACCUUCGCCGCUGGCGGUUCCGCUUUCGGCAUCCGUCGAAAGGUUACGUCGGGAACGGCGGGGAAAUAUGUCUCAAAGCACUAGAAUUCAGCUCGAGGCUUUGAUGGGAGACCGAGAGCUGGACUUGGAAGGCGUGCGAUCGGCAGUCUCCCAGGCGAGCGUUCUGGCAGCAGAUACUACGGAAGGUGCUUGCUCGCCGCAGCAGACAGCGCUACGAAAACUAGAGGCCGAAAGUCCGGCACCCUCGGUGAUCGACUGGGCCUCAACCGCUGAGUUCUCGUUUUCGAAGGAGCUAAGAAACCCCGACGAUCGGUGGGCAACCGCAUGCCUUCGGCUCGAAGCACAGAUGGCGGGCUGGCUGGCGCGAAGGAGGGAUGCUCUCGAAGCAAUGCAGAGCAGGCGCAGCAGAGGUGACCGUGCGACGAGGGACAGUAGGGACGACCAGUCGAUCACUGCCUCCGUCCCGCCGGCGGAAGGGGAUUGCGUGUGGGAGGCGCUCGAAGCCUUCCAACUCGAGGCGGGCGACGUGGUGGACGACCGUCAUUCCUCGGCAGAGACAAUUGUGGGACAGAUCGACGGCGAAGCCGACCGCAAAGUUCGCGCUUGGAUCGGCGACGUCGCAAGCGCCGCUACUGACCUUUGUGCGGCGGAGCGAGCCACGUACCUUGAGACUGUAGACACCCUUUGCGUCUUCGAUCGGCUGUUCGGCCUUGAAGAAGACCCAAACGACAACACUAGCAGUGCACAAACAAUUCGGGAGGCAACAUACGCAGCAGCGGACGCCCUCGUCGAAGAGGUGACAAAGGCUAGGCGACGUUUCGCAGCAGUGGGGAGCUGUCUUGAAGGAGAAGUCUCAAGAGCGUUGGAACAGGUAUACCAGCGUAUUGGAACGACUUCGCCUGCCCACGGGCCCAGUCAGGAGCCCGUAACUCUCCUAAAUGCUGGUUGCGAAACCCGGCAAGAAAAUCCACUUCCCCAAGCGAUCGAAGGCGUUGAAGAGUUUUCCAGUUCGGCGGGGCAAAGCAGUGACUGGACCGCUACAAACGAUACGCCGACAAAGAGGAAAGCAGAAACAAGCGUGACUAUCGAAGAAUGCGGAGAAAGCAGGGCAAGCGAAGCCUUGAAGGCAGCCAUUUGGCGGUGCCGACAAACGUAUAUCUGCCGACUGAGAGGGGUGGUUAUGCGCCUCUUGAGGGCAGUUGGGGAUUGCGAGGCCAAAGUUUUGUCCAUGCGACUAGCGUUGAGGCGCCUGAAGCGCCGCCGCGUGCAGCUGGAACACGAGGGCAUCAGCGCGGCAACCGCCACGGGAAGGGAUAAUGUCGGAUAUUCCUCGAGCGUGGAUCAGCUCAGGCAACGGGUAUAUCGACACGCUCUGCGGUGCGACCGCCGACGGCAUGGACGACGUGUCAUGGAGAAGGCCUCAACCGUCUCACAAACAUCGGUGGGGAUCGGACCGGCAGCGGAUGCUGCUUCUCCUGAUGUGCGUUCCUCUACGACACAGAUGCCAACCUUGAGGAUCGCUCAAAGACAUUUUGUUGGAACACCACUGUGGUUUGAGCAGCAGAGGGACGAGGUGAAGCACGGAGAGGAGCGAGCCGACAGGGAUGCGUCGCAGUUGAUCAGAAAGGUGUACUCGCAAGUGUGGGGGGGGGACGACGGGCGGGUGGAUGGGAUGGACCUGUUACUGACCCUGUGCGCAGUGCCGAACGCUGGUGCAGGAGGGGAUGUUUCUCUAGGGGAGGAUGAAGAGGGCGUUUGGGAUACUGGGAUCCCGUUUUCCGCAGGGCUCUUUCGAGCCUUUUUCAUGCUUGCCGAGACCUCGUCUUCGGGACCACACAACGACACAAUCGUUGCCAACAGCAACCGAGAGGUUGCUUCCGCCGGCACGGUCGCUUCCCGUGUGGCAGCUCCGUCCUCGUCCGCUGGUAACAUGCAGGACGUGGCCGCUGGAGCUACGGGUAUUAUGUCGUCGUUCCGACGCGACGGUGUCUUCCCGCGUGUAUCGUUGCCGCAUCUAAGAGCCAUCCUUGGGCAUGGGAGCAGAAUGACGCCAGCCGACGUGUCCAGUGUUUGUGAGCUUGUUGCGAAAAGGGAGCAAGCAAGGCGACAUCAAGACGAAAAGCAAGGGCAUGGAGUUAAGCAGGACACAGCAGCAGAGGUGGUUGUGGGUACUGAAGAAGCCACCGGUGCUGAGAAUGAACCCUCCGUGGCCAGACAAAUCAUGGGCACAGGCGCGGAGACCGCAGGCGCCACCGAGGAAGAUUGUGACGUUGCGCCUGACACGACAGCCACUGGUGACCCCGGCGGAGGACGUGGUAUUGCUGUCCGGCAGAAAGAACCGCCGCUGACCGUUUCGUUUGACGUCGUGUCCGAGUGUGAGGUCGUCCGCGACUGGGUACGCAAAGGCGCGUACACCCUUCCCACGUUCGGUGUUCUUUCUGGACGAGGACAAGGCACGGUAAACAUGCUUGGCAAGACCUCGCAUUCUUUUGGAGAAAGCAUCGGAGAGAGCCAAUAG